AUAUACUGGAAACAAAGUUUAGACGGGAACAACAAAAUACAUUUCAGAGCGAAGGUAUUAAAUAUCUUGAAAAAUGACUACUGACUCCCAGUCCCUCAGCUUGGAAUUAACAACUGCUCAAACAAGUUAUCAAUGUACAUUAUUUGGAGGAAAUCAACACAAAUGUAACACUGUAAUUGGUAUAAAAAAGGCGACAGCACUACUAUCCCUGUUAGGAAGUAUCUUUGUAAUAUGUACAAUAAUCCUCUUUGGAUAUUAUAAAGUAUUUGUCCAACGUUUACUUCUCUAUCUUAGUAUAUCUGGUGUUUUGUUAUCAAUAUCGUAUCUUGUGGGUGGUAUGUAUCCGGAAGGUAAUCUUUGUAAUUUUCAAGCUUGGAUGAUGACUUGCUUCGAAUGGUCAGUUCUCCUCUGGGUUUGCUUAAUAACUUUGAUAUUAUACAAGACAGUAGUUUCAUUGACUUCCAUGGAGAAAUGGGAAUUGUUAUUUUGCUGUAUUGGUUGGAUAUUUCCUUUUGUUAUUGCUUGUAUUCCACUAAUAGCAAAAGCUUAUGGUCAAGCUGGAAUUUGGUGGUCGAACAAAACAUGGGAAGGUACCUAUGAUCCUGAUGCCGAGAGGAGAAAGAAAUUCUUAAAAGACGAAGUGAAACCACUAAUGGCCUAUCCAUUUAUAUAUCUAGUACUAUCCAUUUUUCCUUUGAUUAACAGAAUUCAGAAUGCAAUCAGCAACGAACCAGUGUUUGCUCUAAUGGUUUUAACUUCCUUAACAUCUCCUUUGUAUGGAGCUAUUUAUGCAGUUGUCUUUGGGGUAACUGACGACCUAAGAAAAAGACUAACUUGGUCAGGAAUUAAGUUUGUACAAAAAGACUUACAACCAUCAAAGAAAACAAGAAGAGAUACUACUCAAGAUUUAAUGGAUAAUUUAAAAAUUCCUACAAGAUCAGAAUCUAAAGGAAAUUCAGCGUCAAUAGCAGAAAAUUACAAAUAUAACGAUAAUAGUGACAAGAGCGAUAAUGAAAAUAUUGAAUUAACAAGCAACGCUGAUGGAGAUAAGCAGAUUAAUAUACAACUUAAUGGAUUAUUAAAUAAUUCACAUAUACCAUCCAUUCAACCAAAUGAAGCUUCUUCUAAAACUGAACUAGAUUCUAAUUAUGAAUGUUUUGACUACAAAAAAGCCGAUAAAAAAGAAGAAGUUGAUCUUUUAGAUAAGAGAUUAUCCAUUGACAAACUAUUUAAGAGUAAACUGAGGGAAUAUUUAGCGAGGCAGGGAGGAAAUGAGGCCAGGCAUAUUGUUUAUAGAGUUAUGAAAGCAAUAGGAAACAAAUCGGCUUGGUGUCAGUUCAACUGGGAAGGCUCUAGAGGAAUAAAGAAAGGGAUAAAAUCUUUACCAUCUCUUUUGAAAGUUAUAGAAGAUGCUAGUCUAGAAUCGGGAAACAAUGCGAAACCAAAGCAAUAUUUAACAAUUGAAGAAAUAGAAGGGUACAUCAAGCAAUUUCUCAGGUUUAAGACUCGCUAA